GUAAGAAAGCGUCGCGUCAGAGUGAGGGAUUAUUGUAGGUGCAAAACUGGAUGCCGUAGAACUAAUUGCAAAUGCAUAAGUAAUCGAAUAAAAUGCACCGAGAACUGCGAUUGUCAACUAGAAAAAAAUGCCGCAGGUUGCAAUAAUCCUUUUUCUCAGGAAAAUGAUGAGGCUGUCGACAGUAGCAAUGCUACUGAGACAGCCUCAUCACAAGAGGCUAUUAUUGCAAAUUUAAAAGCAGAAUUAAUAUCUAAAACGGAAUUAAACAACAAAUUAAACAAAUUAAACGAAGAUUUACGUUCGGAAAACGAAGAUUUACGUUCGGAAAACGAAGAAUUGCAAAAUUUGAAUCAAAAGAUGGAUAAAGAACGCAGAAAAUUACUGCAUUACGUGAUUCACGAAAUGAAGGACAAUAUAAAAGUAUUUUGUCGAUGGCGUCCACGAACGCCGGAAGAAACUAAGCAGAUGAAAGCGUUGUGUAAUAUAAGCUUCAUUGACGAUUGUACUAUUGAAGUGGGUAAAUCGGAUGGAUCAGAUGCAAUGAGCUGCAGUGGAAAUAAGCUACAAGGAACAAAACAAAAAUUUUCAUUCAAUAAAGUAUUUGCUCCGAAUGCUUCGCAAGCAGAUGUGUUCGAAGAAUUAUCCCUUUUAGUACAAUCAGCAAUUGAAGGAUAUAAUGUUUGUGUAUUUGCUUAUGGUCAGACUGGUUCUGGCAAGACAUAUACUAUGGAAGGAAAAUCUGAGUUAGAGACUGAAGGGAUGAUGCCUAGAACAGUACGUUAUAUAUUCAGUGAAAUGGAACACUUAAAACGUCUUGGCUGGAAAUAUCGAAUAGAAGCAAGUUUUCUGGAAAUUUAUAACGAUAAUAUCGUUGAUCUUCUCGAUUCUGAACCAAAAACACACGAAAUACGAAUGGUUGACAAUAAAGGUCAAGAUUUAUGCGUUAGCAACCUUCAGAUCAAAGAAAUACACAGUCCAGAAGAAUUACACGAAUACCUACGAACUGCACAACACAACCGAGAAGUUGCAGCUACUCAGUCAAAUAAACGAUCAUCCAGAUCGCAUUUAGUAGCAAGAAUGCGCUUGAUUGGUACACGUGUUACGAAACAAGGGUCAAUUUCCACAAUAGGAAAUCUGAAUUUAGUGGACUUAGCCGGGUGUGAACGUUUGACAACCGAAAGACCUCCUAGCCCGAACAGGGAAUUAGCGGCAGCUAAAUAUAUUAACACAUCUUUAGCCAAUCUUGGCAACGUAAUUUUAGCACUAUCGAAAAAACAGGAACAUGUACCUUAUCGAAAUUCGAAAUUGACCCGUUUGCUUGAGCCUUAUCUAGGAGGCAAUUCAAAAACUUUGAUGUUAUUAAAUGUAUCUCCAUUAGACGAACAUUUAAACGAAACAUUAAAUUCACUGAAAUUUGGUAGUAAUAUAGCUAAUAAUUGCAAGACAUCAGGAAGUAUUAAACGACCGAGCCCGCGAAUAGAAAAACGGAAAAACGUGACAUAUUUAGGGGUGUCACCCCUUCGCGACUGAUUUUAAGUCGUGCUCCUGCCAUCACGUUGCUCCGAGUUCGUUCGGCCGAGUCCGCGCGGCGGUUCCACAGUGACCACACAGUUCGCUCUCCGCGGCUUGCCGUGUUACCUCGAAGUGAAACGUGGUUUUCCUCCCUUUUCCGGUGUGCUGUGUGCGCGUACACUGCGUGUGUGUAUAUAUGUAGCAUGAUUUAUUUUAUUCUUCA